AAUAAGUAAACUUGUGUUCAAGAUUCUGGCAUGUUUAGCUCUGGGGAAAGUCCAGGACAUACACAACUUGACAACAUGCUGAUACCAUUUCAAAGCCCAUAACUCACAUACACAUUUUAAAAUGCAGAUCUAACUGGAAGAAGUAUGUCACAAGGAUUGUUUUCACAAGACAUUUUCACAUUUCACAAGAAACAAACACAAGAACCAGUAAGGAUGUCCUUUGCCCUAACUGAAAUCAGUAAUACAGUACUGUAUGUCAAUGAUUAAUGAUGAGAACAUAUGAUGUAGUUCUCUUACUGUGCUCUAGUAAAACAUUUCAUAGACAGCAAUAACUGGACUCUAAAUACAGUACAUGACAGUGAGAUGUCCAAUCUGGAUAAAGCAUUCUGUCAGCUGCUUUAUGUAGGUGGCCUUACCCCAUGAUUUUAUUAAUAGAAACUUACAGUAUCUCCCAGCUGUUGAUGUUAGCUGUCAUAAUGAGAGAUUAUGAUCAAAUAACAGUUUUCCUGGGAGAUUGGGGACGAUUUCAGCAAAUAGUAUUCUUUCUUCUUUGUGCAAGCACGAUUCCAAAUGGGUUUAGCGCAUUUUCCAUCGUGUUCUUGGGUGACACUCCAGCUCAUAAAUGCUUUAUACCUGCGAGUGUGAAUGUCAGUGCUGUAUGGAGAAAUUUUUCUAUCCCCCUUGAAGAAGUCAAUGGACAGAAACAACCCAGCAAGUGCAGAAGAUACAGGCUGGAUGUGAUCAGAAAUUUCUCUAAUUUGAAUUACAUCCCAGGUGUGGAUGUAAAUGUUAGUGAGAUAGAACAGGAGAGCUGUCUCAAUGGGUGGGAAUACAGUAAAGAGAUGUACAAGUCCACUGUUGUAACAGAGUAUGAUCUUGUCUGCAACAACGAAUGGAAAGAGCCUCUCACCUCUUCUAUUUACUUCCUGGGAGUGUUGUGUGGGUCCUUUGUUUCUGGACAGCUCUCUGACAGGUUUGGCAGAAAGCCAGUGCUGUUUGCAACAAUGGCAAUACAGACUGUCUUCACUUUCAUCCAAGUCUUUGCUCCAUCCUGGGAGGUAUUCUGCAUAUUAUUCUUCAUCGUGGGACUGGGCCAGAUUUCCAACUAUGUGGCAGCAUUUGUACUGGGUACAGAAAUAUUGACCAGGUCUUUGCGUGUUCUGUAUUCGUCUCUGGGAGUGUGCAUGUUCUUUGCACUUGGGUACAUGAUGCUCCCUUUGAUGGCUUUCUUUAUACGAGACUGGAGGAUGCUCCUGAUUGCCUUGUCAAUGCCUGGGCUCAUCUAUAUCCCCCUGUGGUGGUUGAUUCCCGAGUCACCAAGGUGGCUGCUGUCUCAGGGCAGAGUGGCAGAGGCUGAGGCCAUACUGAGAGAGGCAGCAAGGAGGAAUGGGAUCACUCCGCCUGAAGUCAUAUUCCAUCCAUCAGAGGGUGAAGAGACUCAAUCUAAAAAAGAGGAUGCCAAUAGCUUCCUUGAUCUUCUAAGAACCAGAAACAUUCGCCACACCACACUCAUAUUGUUUCUUGUGUGGUGGACUUUAAGUAUGGGAUACUUUGGCUUGUCUUUGAACACGUCCCACUUACAUGGAAAUCCAUAUCUCAACUGCUUUAUCUCUGCUGCUAUUGAAAUCCCUGCUUACACAAUCACCUGGAUAUUCCUUCGAUAUUUGCCCAGGAGGCUAUGCACCUCAGCUAGUAUGAUUCUCGGUGGGGGAGUGCUUUUCUUCAUUCAGCUUGUACCACAAAGUUUACCCAUCUUGGCUGUUACUUUGGAGAUGGUAGGAAAGUUUGGCAUGUCUAUUGGAACAGCCCUAGUGUUUGCUUACACCGGGGAGCUCUAUCCUACAGUAUUAAGAAACACUGCUGUGGGAUCCUGUACAAUGGUCUCCAGAAUAGGCAGCUCUAUUGCUCCUUACUUUAUCCAUUUGGGCACAUUUUCUAAGUACCUACCAUACAUUAUUUUGGGAAGUCUCACUGUUCUUGCAGCUGUCCUCACCUUCUUUCUACCUGAAAGCUUCGGAAAGCCACUGCCAGAGACCAUUGAGCAGAUGCAGAAAAGAAAAGGGUUAAAAACUAGAAAUGCUUCAAAUAAAAAGAAAGAUUCAGCUGAAACAAGAGAUCCUGAAGUCAUUAAAGAGGAGCCAUUUUGAUAGAGUCAGUAUUUUCUGGAAAGAGCUUAGUCUUCACAUACUGCUACUGUACAUGGACCCUUUUCUAUCUAUAUUUACAGUAUGUUCUUAUUGUAAUGUUUAUUACAAUUAGUACAAUGUCAUAAUACCGUAUGUAAUAAACAUUACUGUAAAAUAUGAUAAAUUAUAAUAGACUGUAUUACAGUAUAAUAUGCAAUAUUCACAAUAUUAGGACAUGUCAGGACAUUUACAGUAUAUAAGGUAAGGCUAUCAAUUUGAAUAUAGCAUUUUUAUCACAAUUUUGUUUAACUUCCAAAAACAAGGGAAGCUAUAGUUUUCGUGCAUGGCCUAAAUGACUCGCAUUUAAGCAAACAAAAAAUAAUGAUACCUGUACUUAACAGAAAUUUUAAAUAAAAGGAAUUCUUGGUAUAAAGUGUGCAGUUUGC